GGGCGUUCCAGGGCGCGUGCCCUCCUCGGUAGUAAACGGAGGUGACUGGAGCUCUAUGGAAAGUGGCUCCCCUGUUCAGUGACGUUCCAGGGGACCAAACUUGGCAGAAACAGCCGCAGCCGCUGCGCUCAACGCCGGGCAGCCGCAAGCGUUUAUCAGGCAGGAUAUCUGUGUCCGCUAACAGACGCGCGGGGGAACGUGGCGGUGGUUUGCCGGGCGAAAGGAAUAACGUUAGCUGGGGAACGGCGAGAAAGGUGAGGUGAAGGCAUUCGUGUGAAGAACAGAACCGGAGGACAGUGACGAAUAAGCGGACUGAGCCACAGGUUGGCCCCGCGUUAGCUGUCGUGGCAGAAGAUACCAAAGUGCAGGCGGGUCAUGCGGAUCUCUCCGCUCGCUGGUCGGAGCGCCGCGUCGCAGCAGUGAACCGCGGGGGACGAGAGCACAAGCCCGAAGAAGCCGACCACUUCUCUGCCGCUUCUUCGGAGAGAAGAGCCAACAUGUCCCGGAGGAAGCAGAGCAAACCCCGGCAGAUAAAGCGUUCCCUCGGUGAUCUGGGCAACGAGGAGGAAAAUACACCGGAUAACCUCAGCCUAUCAGGAGAGGAUGGAGGAGCCUCGGACCUCGAUGACUCAGCAGAAGGGGACAGCUCCAGCCCCCGGGCACACGCGUCGUUGUACAUCCGAGAGCCCAGGACGCAGGACUCAGGAAGAGGCCCUGAUGAGGAAAACGAGGACAUGCAGGAGCCAGGUCUGUCACACAGUGGCGAGGAGGAGGAGGAGGAGGAGGAGGAGGAGGAGGAGGUGUCGCAGUGGAGGGGUCCAGAUGUCCUGGAGUUCAGUGGAGAAAGUGGGGACAACAGGGUGGUAGCUGGCAGGGACCUCCAUCCAGACACAACUUGGGGCCCGUACACAGGUGUCCUCCAAUCAGAGGGCGGAACAGACAAUCAGGAGACAAAGAAAUCCGGGUUGACUCUGGUGUGUGAAGAUCCAGACUGCUGGAUUAGUCUGCUCACUCUGACAUGUGACAUCUCCGCUGCCAACUGUACAAUCUACAGCCAAGGUGAGCAGUUGUUUUGCAAGGUGAGCAGAGAGCUGAUGGCUGGUGAAGGGCUCCUGGCUUUCCUGUCCCCUUCUCUGAGCUCCUACUCUUCCUCACCGCUGACUCAGCUCUCUCCUCCGCUCAGCCUGGUCACCCAGAAACAACCUGUGGUGAAAGACGAGACGCUGUACUCGCCGGAUCUGCGCUCAGAAAUUCAGCUACUCCCACAGCAGGCUGGCAUGGCCGCCAUCUUGGCUACUGCCGUUGUCAAUAAGGACAUUUUCCCAUGCAAGGACUGUGGGAUCUGGUACCGCAGUGAGAGGAACCUGCAGGCCCACCUUAUGUACUACUGUGCCAGCCGGCAAAAGCAGCAGCCGCCAGCCGCCUCAUCCCCGCCACAAGACAAACCUAAGGAGUCCUACCCUAAUGAACGCAUCUGCCCCUUUCCACAUUGCAACAAGAGCUGCCCCAGUGCCAGUUCACUGGAGAUCCACAUGCGCACACACAGUGGUGAACGGCCGUUUGUCUGUCUCAUCUGUCUGUCAGCCUUCACCACUAAAGCAAACUGUGAGCGCCACCUUAAAGUCCACACGGACACGCUGAACGGCGUGUGUCAUGGCUGCGGUUUCGUCUCCACCACAAGAGACAUCCUCUACAGCCAUCUGGUCACCAGCCACAUGGUGUGCCAACCUGGAUCUCAUAGUGAGGUCUAUUCCCCAGGGCCAGGCCUUCCCAAGCUGCCCAUGUCCACUGGUCUCAGUCCAGGAGACUCUGGUGUAGUUUUGAAGUGUCAAGUGUGUGGCCACAACUCUGACUCCCCAGCCCAGCUUCAGCAGCAUGUGCGAACCCACCUAGAGGUUAUGGUCCCAACUGAAAGGAGCCCCACUCCCCGGCAAAGUACCCCAGCAUCAGUUGACCAUCCUCAGCUGUCUCCCCAUGAGAGGGAGCCUCUUGGCAGUGUCCCUACACCGGACUCAUCCAGUCCUGGUGCAAAUGGCGGCUCAGCCCCACCUCGAGACUCCAGUCCUCAGAAUGCACAAAUUACUGACUUAAAGAUCAAAGAGGAGCCUCAUUCAGACUCUGACACAGAAGAGCAGCAAAUGGAGAUUGCGGAGGACGGAGAGAAAGAUGAGUUUAGUGGACAGGAGGGACAUCAAGAAAUAAGAAUCAAGACAAACGAGAAGCGAAUCACCACAUCCUCCAGUGCAGCAUCAACUUCUCCAAAGAGUCCAGCCACCACAAUUGUAAAAGCAGAACCAACCAGUCCCACCCCUGGUUCUAGCCCUGCGCACGAGGGAGGCACAGGGUCAGUUCUCCCUGGUGGAGCAAUGUUUUUGCCUCAGUACAUGUUUAAUCCUGAGGCAGCCAUUUUGCCUCAGGCUUCUGAGAUACUGGCUAAAAUGUCAGAGAUGCACAGCCGACUGAAACAGGGCCAGACAGUUCCUCAAAACAAUCCAGCGACCUUCUUUACCCCUGGACAGACUGCACCAACAGCUGCAGCCACUCCCCCUCAUAAAGGAGCAACCUGCUUUGAGUGUGAUAUCACAUUCAACAACAUCAACAACUUUUAUGCACAUAAGAGGCUGUACUGCUCCAGUAGGCACCACGGAGAAGGUGCAACCUCCGCUUCAGGUCCUGGAUUGACAAGAGAUGCAACCUCUGCUACGAUGCCCCGUGGCUCUUCCACAUCUCCUCAGGGUGGAGCAGCAAGUAGAGCAGCCUCUGCUUCUCCUACUGAGUCCGACCCUCCAGCAGGGAGUGGAGCAACAGAACCCAAGAGGGUGGUGGAAAUAAAGACAGAAACCUCCAGAGAGGGAAUAUCAUCCUCUUCUGAAGGGGAAGGUGGAAGUGUGGGAGGAGGCGGUGGAGGAGGAGAAAGAGCAAGCGAAGGCAGCCAGAGUCCCGCUAGUGGUUCUGCAGAGGACCAAGAAGACGAUCCAAAUAGAACCUUCUGCCAGGCCUGCAACAUCCGCUUUAGUCGUCAUGAAAACUACACUGUACACAAACGCUUCUACUGCGCUUCACGCCAUGACCCAUCUAACCACAGAGCCGUACACAUGGCCAAGGCAAACACACCAGCAGCCUUCCUUCCCCAGCCCAUCCGCAAACGCAAGAGGAAGAAGAUGUACGAGAUUCAUAUGGCCAGAACUGAGGCCUUAGCCAACGCUGCUGCUGCAGCUGCUGCUGCCGCCGCUGCUGUGGCUGCUACUGCACCAUCUCCCUCUGUCCUGGGCUUGGCAGUGAAGCAAGAGGUUUCUCCCAGCGAGGAAGGCAGCUCUAGCCCAGAAGGAGAUGGCCCGAUUGACCUCAGCAAGAGGCCCCGCCUGAGGGUGGUUCCACGCCAUAGCAGCAGCAGUAUUCUCCCUGCCCUGCCUCUUACAGACUACCACAAGUGCACGGCUUGCAGUAUCAGCUUCAACAGCAUCGAGAACUAUCUGGCCCAUAAAACCUACUAUUGCCCCGCUACCACCCUCCAGCCCCAUACCUUGGAGCAGCUUCACCGGCUUAAUAAUUCGGCCUCUACCUCUCCCAAAAGCAGACCUCCGCCGGAGCGCACGGAUCAUCUGCACCCUGUGGAGGCUAAAGCUCUGCCUGCUGAGUGGGUGUCCCAGGCUCAAGUCACAUCCUCUAGUCCUCACCCCUCUGCCUUACCUUCCUCCGAGGCCACAUCUCAUCCCCAUACAACCAACACACUUGCAGUGACCCCAGGGGCUGGAGCCAAAGGCACAGGUGCCAGAUCCCCUCAGGUGGUGUGCCCAUACUGCCCGAACAGGCUCAUGACCUGUGACUUGAUGGAGCACUUCAAGACCACCCACGGCCUUGUUGUAACCGUUCAGCCACCUCAGCCCGGCAGUGAAGUCAGCCGCAGCCCCAACCUAAGUCCAAGGGAUGGAACUGCUGCAACCACCUCCGCCACCACGAUGAGCUAUUCUAGAUUGGUCUCUCAAGUUCACAGAGACAGCAUCAAUGGGCAGGCGAGGAGCGGUACAACUUCUCCCAUCUCCCCGCUGGUAAACGGCAGCCCUUCAGCUGGGGGUGGAUCACCUUUGGCCGUCUCACCUCUGCCCCCGUCUCCCUCACGGGCUCCUUCUCUGACUUUGUCACCUGUGCCUGAGGUCUUGAGGGAGACUGUGGGCUUGUCUUCAGACAACGCUGUCCCGACUAUGACCAUCGCCACAGCCCCGCCUGCCCCAAUCCCCGGCCCCAAAUCUACAGUGAUCUCCCCGGUCCUUAACGGUAAUUCCCGCUUCUGUCGGCUUUGCAACAUCAAGUUCAGCAGUCUCUCCACUUUCAUAGCUCACAAAAAAUACUACUGCUCCUCCCACAGCGCCGAACAUGUCAAGUGAGCUCAGUAUUUUUUUUGCUCCUCUUUCUGUUCCCUUGUCUUUUUGAGUGGAUGCUUUCCUUCACCAUGUUCCAGGAAACUCAGUUGCCCCUCCUCCUCUGCCAGUUGUCGUGCAAAGGGGGCCAAAAUGGCUUGACCAUGAGUGACAAUAAAUGACUGUUACUCACCUGUCAGGGUCUGAUCUCCAACUGCUCAAAAGCAGAAUUUACAGGUGGUGUUACUAACAUAAUUACUGAUAUUCUCCUGCAAUGGGUCAAAGUUUGUGGCCCAUCAAGAGCCGAUGCUACCUGCACACAUGGUCCACUAAAUCACUCUCGGUCUUCGCCCAAGUCACUAAUCUGCCACUCCCAGGCCUCACAUUAUGUUGGAUUAUUAUAUAUGUUAAAAACAGUGUCUGUAAUUAGAUUCUGACUGAUGGAGGCAUUUGUGACUCAUGACAAUACAGUAAUAAUGAGAUUAUGAUGAAUCAUCAAGCUUUUCUUGAGCUCUUAAUGUUUCAGACCUAAACAGAGGAAUUGUUUUUCCUGUUUGGAAAAGACUUGAUCAUUGUUAAUGUUUUUAAUAGCUGUGCAUAGUGUAUGAUGUCUGAAAAAAAAAAAAAUAUAUAAUGCUUUUGGUUUCAACACUGGCUCUUUUUCUCACUAAACUAGCUGAAGCAAUUUAGCUGAAAAACAAAUAUGUGGUCCCAAUGUUACUAAUUACUGAAGGAUAAUAUUUUCAAAAUGGAUGGAAUUCUGUUCCUUUCUUGCACACAUUUGUAUUUUCUCCUUAAAAUGCAAGGGAAGAAAAACAUGUGAUAUAUUUAUCUUUUAGUCCUUACUGAUUUCAUGUCAACAGAAAACUACCUACAUAUUGCCUGAGAGUUCUUGUAUUUUUUAUUUGUAUAUUUUUCAUACUGUUGCAAGGAACUUUUUGGAUUUGGGUGUGUUGAAGUGCAUUUUCUAAGUGUAGAUAUGUAAUAUCUUCUCACAGUAAUCACUUGGAUCACGCAAGACCUUGUUAUCACGUUAGCAUUUAGUAUUUUGUUUAUGCAGUCUUUAAUUGAUGGCGAGGUCAAGACCAGCGCUGUUUAUUUUUAGCCCCUCUUGAUGAGCUACAUGAUUAGAUCAGAAGAGUUUCCUUACUCACAGAUCCUCACAAGAGAAAGUUGAACGGAGCACUAUGAUGUAGCCACAAAUUUUAGGGUGUAUAAAAUACAAAUUUUGAAUCAAAAUGUUAUCUUGAGUUACCAGCCUACAUACCAUGCAAAAUAUGACCAAGACAGAGACAGCUUUUGUUGGACUGUCAAAUCGUACUAAGAAAUACUCAAACAUAAAAUAAAAUGCUUGGUUGCCUAAUACACAUCUCAAAAGAUGUUAUGUGUCUUAUUAAUGAUUGUGUUUCUUUCCGGGAAUGAAGGCAUAGCAGGAAAUAGUCACAUUGUAUUACAAGGCCUCACAUAGUAGAGUAAGCACCUAUUUAAUCAUUGUGGCCGAUGAGUGUGUGUGAGCAAGUCCUUUUCCUCUCUCUCUAUUGCUCUCUCACUCAUGCACACUUUCUUGCCAUGCACCCAUGCUGCUGUAGCAGCUGCAAUACAGUAUUAGCUAGAACUGUGAAAUGCUUUUUAUUUUUGAAAUAUGGGUGCAUUUUUAUUUUCUUUGAGGGCCAGACUUCAUUUUUAAUUUGAGAUGUAAAUGGAGACUAUUGCAUCCAGAUUCUGGGUUUGUUGUUUGUCUUUUAUCACCCCAAAUUUCUAAAGAUGUAUAAAAUAAAAAGAAGUAUAAAAUCCCCUGGAUUUAAUUUACCACAGCCUCUAAGACACAAUUGGAGCUUUAUUGUACACUAGAAAUACUGAGUAUGGAAAAUAUCAUUGGGGGUUAGCAUGUCCCUGGCCAGCAGGGGUUCACAUACAGCAGCUGUUAGACUUUCUUGCUAAAAUACUAACAUCAGUCAAACUGUAAACCUACUCUCCAGCUUGUGGCUGGCUGCUGUUGACCCGUCUUUUCAGUGGUCAGCAUGUUCCCAUUCAAAAUAGUUUCUCUCGUCAGUGGUUCAGGGGAUAGGUCUUUUUCGAUUACUAAUUAGGAACAACAGAACAAGCUGUAAAGUUAUCGUGAAUUUUGCAAUGUGAUCUCAUUAGUUAUUGAUGAUCACCCCAUUGUCCAUUUGUUAACGCAUGUAAAAGUGAGGGAUUUUCAAAAACAUAAUUCAGAAUCCCUGGUUUAUUAUGCAACUGUUCUCUGUGGUGGUUUGAAGCAGAACUGUACAAGGCCCAACUGGGGCCCAAGUGUUUACAAUUGUGCUGGUCGGUCUUUAUCAGUCCAACUUGAAAGAGAGCUGAAGAAGAAAGUCACAGAGAAAGGUCAACUUACCACAAAUUGAAUAACUGGGUGCUGUAAAAUCAUCCUUUGAACUUUGAACCCCUUUUAAUUGCACUGUGUUGUAGAAAAAUGUGCUGAGUGUUUUAGUUUUAGGGACUUUUUGUAUUGUAUUUAUCUUAUACAGAACUUUUCCCUGUCCAAAGUGCGUUACCAUGAAGGACUUGAAGGCCUAAAAAACAUUUCUUAUAGUUGUAAACAUGUUUUGUUAAUGAUUCCUAUGAUGUCUAUAAUAGAAAAAAAUCACAAUAAAUGUCAAAGCUUUUAUCUCCAUAUUUUCUUUUCAGUUCUAUUCAAUUUUUGUCCAAACUAUGCAUGGGAAAUAAAAAAAAAGUUCUGAGACACUGAUGGAUUAUGUCACUGCACUUCUAUUAGUGUCGAUCUUUCAUUUUUGUAUAAACGCCUACGCACAACUCUGUUCAUGAACUUGAGUGGGAGUCCAUGACAUUUCUAGGUCCUUGAUUCACCGUGGCUUGUUUGAAGAAGAAAGUUCUCAGUUCACAGUUUCUGCUUGACCUCAAUAAAGGCAGAGUGAAUCAUCAGCUUUCCAUUUGAUGAACAACAGCAUUCAAAAUGUGUGCCCAUUCAGAGCUCAAGGAUGCUCCGAUCAAUAGCAAAGAUAAACCAAAACAAAGAUAAACUGAUGCAUAUUUUCAUCACAACUUUCUCACCGUCUGUUUAUCCUUCAGUUAUGGGAUGUGAAUGUGAACUGUUGUAUUCAGUUACUGUGUACUACCUUGUGAUGUGGAAACGUUUUGGCUGCCAUUAAACCAUUUAUAAUAGUUAGCAAUUAUCUGAUUCCAAAAUAACCACGACCAUUCCUGAGAAUGUAGGCAGUUGUUCAUUUUCCCCAAAUGUACCUUAGCUGGAAUGUAGCACUGAGAUGCUGUAUAAUGGUACAGGCACCAAUAAACUA